UCCAGGACUUCCGCCAAGCUUUGGGCACCGUCCUUCCGCCGAGGCCGACCAACCGCCACCCGAGGAUCUAGCUACUUCCGGUUGCGGGUACCCGGAAGUAUCAACCCGGUUUCUAAAGCCACUCGGUCCGAGAUGGCGGAUCUCCACCGCCAGCUGCAGGACUACCUGAUGCAGGGUAAAGCGAGCAGGCCGGCAGUCGCAGAGCCGCUGCUCGGUGCGAGGGCAGCAGAGGAGCCUGCGGCCGGGGACAGAGCUGCCGGGACCUGGCUAGGCAGCACGGCUUUGCGAUGGCCGUGGGCACGGAGCCCAGCCGAGCCGCCACCCGCGGGCUCGCGGUGCAUCCCAAGUGUGACGCGAGGGCAGCGCCUGGUGGCGGGCGGCCUGUGCCUGCUGCUGGCCGCGCUCUGUUUCGGCCUGGCGGCGCUCUACGCGCCAGUGCUGCUGCUGCGCGCGCGCAAGUUCGCGCUCCUCUGGUCGCUGGGCUCCGUGCUGGCGUUGGCGAGCGCGGCGCUGCUGCGGGGCGGCCCGGCUUGCGGCCGUCUGCUGCGCGGCGAGGAGACGCCUUCGCGGAGCGCGCUGUGCUACGCAGCCGCCUUGGGCACCACGCUCUACGCCGCGCUGGUCCUGCGCAGUACAGCGCUGACGGCGCUGGGCGCGUGCGCACAGGUAGCCGCGCUCCUCUAUGCGUUGCUAGGGCUCCUGCCCUGGGGCGGCAUGACCGCGCUGCGCCUGGCGCUUGGUCGCCUAAAUCGCGGGACCGGCCUAGCCAACGCGCUCCCGGUGUGACAGUCCCAGUCUCGAGGAAGAGGAACCAGCCAGGCUAGGGACACUCCACGGUACCCAGGCGAACAAGGGCAGGGCACCAACCGGCCUGCGCGGCGGAGUCCGUGCGCUUGAAGCAGCUGUCAAGAACUGAUGCACGGGCGGCUCAAGAUCCUUUGGCUUCAGUGUCCUGCGGUUCUGGGUAGCAGCGCCACUGGCGCUCUGGAGAUUACUCUCUUUAACUGCUUUCCGCACUGAACUGGCUUUACACGGACGUCAGUGUUAGCGAGGAAAAAAGGAGAAACGAAUAGCUUUCUGACUUAACUGCUUUUGGAAGAACUACGUUCUACUUUUUGUCAUUUAAAGAAAUGCAGGGGUAUGUUUGGUUCAGCAGGUUUCAGUUCUGCUGCAGCUUUCCAAAGCCUUAUUCCUAUUCAUUGUAAAGCAAUCCAGAUUAUUGGAUUAAACAGUAAACGUAACCACUGGAUUUAAAAUAGUGAUUAGUUAAUACAUUCUACCUCAGGGUUUUUCGUCAGUUAAGAAAUAUGGUGCUUUAUAAUAUUUAAGUGUAAAUAUUUACUUGUCAAAGCAAUAUUCUGGACCAAAAAGUAUAUGUGGCAAAAUUUGCAAAGGUUUCUGCAAAAGGAAUCCUGGGAUACAAGACAUUUUUACAUCUGCAGUUACCAUAGUUGUUAAAACAAGUUUUCAUGGUUCCUAACUUUGCUGGUUGUUAAAAGUCCUACACAGCUUGAUACUAAUGUUGUGUAAAAUGUUUUUCAUACGUAAUUGAUAUAUUUCCUAGGUUCAGCAGGUAGUUGUUCUUAUGGUGCAGGGACGAAUCAUAAUUUAUUGCCAAAAACUCGGUUCAGUAUUGAGUCUUGAUGCACUAGAAAGUAAAGGGUAUUCAGCUUAAAAAUGUCACACCAGUGUUCUCACACUGGACUGUCACAUCCCAUCAGUUCACUUAUAAUGCUGGUGGAUGGGUCCAGGCGUUUUUAUGUAUAAUAAUAUAUAAAGCAUACAUGUUUA